ACCACAGACAUGUUUUAGAUUAUCUAUUUGGUCUUUUUAGUUAGAAAUAAGUGGUUUUUUUUUCUAUUAACAAAGUUAUUAUUUUCGGAUUUUUAUAUUACUGUUAUUAUUAUUGAUCAUGAGCUGAAAAUAAUCAUGGAAGGUAAAAACCCUACAAGCUCAGGAAUUUUAAGGUCACUGAAAUCCAUUUCAGUUUUUAUUAUUUAAUCAACAGUUGAGUUUUUUAAAAAAAGAAAUAAAAGCAGAGGAAUUUUUAUAGUUUGCAGACAAAGAGACAACUUACUUAAAUAAAUUUAUUUUUAUUUUUUAAAUGGGAGAAAAUGUGGUUGUCUUCUUGUUCGUGUUCGUGAAGCGGAUUUAGCAUCGUAGUUGGUUUCCGCGUCCUUGAUCAAAUACAGAUACGUAGAGAGAGAGAGAGAGAGAGUCUCCCUGAAGACCUGAUCGAAGAAGAAGAAGAAGAAAAAACAGACAAUUUUUGUGUGUUGGUGUGCUCGUAAGCUUCUCUCCCUCAGCUCAGUUCCACCCCGAUCCCGUCGAGGGCAAAAAUGUCAUUUCGUAGCAUAGUUCGGGAUGUGAGGGACAGUAUAGGGAGUCUGUCGAGGCGUAGUUUUGACCUGAGGUUGAGCGGGCAACAUAAGGGCGGGAAGGCUCAUGGCUCUGUUCAAGAUUCUCACGAGGAGCGGCCUCUAAUGGUGGUUCAGAACAGUCCGUGGGCCGGCCUGCCUCCCGAGCUAUUACGCGACGUGAUGGUAAGGUUGGAGGAGAGCGAAAGCUCGUGGCCCGCCCGAAAACACGUGGUGGCUUGCGCUUCUGUCUGCAGGUCGUGGAGAGAAAUGUGCAAAGAGAUUGUUCCGAGUCCUGAGCUCUCGGGGAAGAUCACGUUCCCCGUAUCGCUUAAACAGCCCGGGCUGAGGGAUGGAACAAUGCAGUGCUUUAUCAAGAGGGACAAAUCUAACCUGACUUACCAUCUGUAUCUUUGCCUCAGCCCUGCCUUGCUAGUUGAGAACGGGAAGUUCCUUCUCUCCGCGAAACGCAUGAGAAGAACUACUUACACCGAGUAUGUGAUCUCCAUGCACGCUGACAGCAUAUCAAGAUCUAGCAACACCUACAUCGGGAAAAUAAGGUCUAAUUUUCUCGGGACGAAGUUCAUUAUAUACGAUACACAGCCUCCAUACAAUCACUCUCAGGUCCAGCCGCCGGGCAGAAGCCGCAGAUUUUACUCCAAGAAAGUUUCACCGAAAGUCCCGAGCGGAAGCUACAAUAUUGCCCAGGUCUCAUACGAGCUAAAUGUGCUCGGGACCCGUGGCCCGCGUAGAAUGCAUUGUGCAAUGCACUCAAUACCGGCUUCUUCCCUCGCCCCGGGAGGCACCGUGCCAGGACAACCCGAGAUCCUGCCGCGCUGCCUCGGGGAAUCAUUCCGCAGCGUUGUCUCCACGUCGUCCGCAAAAAUCACCAGCGACUUCUCCACGGAAUUCAGCAGCGCUAGGUUCUCGGACAUUCUAGGUCCCCGAGGAGGAGAUGAGGAUGAGGGGGACGGGAAGGAGAGGUUUUCGCCGUUGGUACUUAAGAACAAGCCGCCGAGGUGGCACGAGCAGCUGCAGUGUUGGUGCCUUAACUUCAGGGGACGGGUAACCGUUGCAUCCGUCAAGAAUUUCCAGCUCAUAGCGGCGAAUCAGCCGCCGGGAUCCGCGGGUCAGACGGGUCAGUCCGACCAGGACAAGAUCAUCUUGCAGUUCGGCAAGAUAGGGAAGGACAUGUUCACCAUGGAUUUCAGGUACCCCCUCUCGGCUUUCCAGGCUUUUGCCAUAUGUCUGAGCAGCUUCGACACCAAACUCGCCUGCGAAUGAGGUAACGUUCUUCGGCAAGAUUCCAAGACCGGCCUCGGCUUUCGGACAAGUUUAAGUUCCCGUGUCUCUGGAACACUUUUAUGCUUCAGAGAUUCUUGUCUCGUGGUUAGAUUUGAUUUUCUAAACGGUUAAUUUUUUUUCCAGAUAAAUCUGUAAUAUUUUCAGUUGCUUUUUUUUUUUUUUUUAACAAACUCGUAUUGUUUGCUUCAGUGGUUACUGCCAGAUGGGCGUUGUCUCGUUGGUCUAUCAUCCUCAAAUACAUUUCGUUGCACUC